AAAACCGUUGUUUUGUUUUGCUCUAUUUUUGAUCAAAUGAAAGCAGCUCUGGUGUGCAUAAAUGGCUUUGGAACUAGUGUAGAUUAUUUUAGCUCAACAGGUGCGUCGUUCCAUCGCUGUCCUGCCGGAGUCGCUGUCGCGCGCUGUGUUUCUGCUCGUCUCCUCCUCUUCCUCCUGCAGGGCCUUUCAAAAUCUCCCUGACCGCCCCAUUAUAACCGACAAUGUAGCACACUGAACCGAGCACUCAGCAGAAAGAUAUCACAUUCACAGCUUUAGCUCCGGCAUUAGAUCCAAACACACAGAACGGUUCAGUCUGUGGGCGAGCUCCGGAUCAAACUAAUGGACUUCUAGCCGAAUAACGGAGAGACUGUGAAACCGCCGGGAAAGGCUGAUGGAUGGAGCGAGGGACCAGUAUGAGGAACGAUUGAAAGAGGUGUUUGAGAGUUUUGAUGGCAGUGGUUUGGGCUCUCUGAGUCCGGAAGAACUGACCGAUCUCUGCCGGGCCCUUCAGCUGGAGGAGAACACACUGAACACACUCUUACACACACUGCUGGAGGACCAGAUCCAUGCACGGGUUGAUUUUGAACAGUUUAAGGAUGCGCUGAUCCUUGUGUUAUCAAGCACAAACACAAAUGAUCCAGAAGAAUGUCUUGAACGACCAGAUUCCCCAGAAGUCCAGCCACGCUUCGUAAAGGGCAGUAAGCGCUAUGGCCGCCACUCUGCUCCGGAGUUCAUUCACACGCACACUGAUUCACACACACAGGCUGAAGAUGAGGAGGAGGAGAAGGAUGAAGAUGCUCAAGAGAGUGAUGACAGGACUGUACCCAGGAAACGUGAGCGCUGGAAUGCUGAGAUAAGCAUUUCUGAAGAGUUUGAAGCAGAAGGUCAGCUGCACCUCUGGAACCCAGAUGAACCCAGCACACCACGUGGCAAUGCACUCUGUGACAUGGAGGAGCGUUUGCAUAACGCUUGCCAUCAGCUUUCUCUACCCAUAAACGGCACGGCCACACUGCAACAGCUACACACACUCUGCCAGCACAUAGGCAUUGAGGUGGGUGAGGAUCUGUUGCAGUGUGGUGAUGAAAGUGCAAUAGAUGUGCAGGAGUUCAUCUCAUGCGUAAUAAACCCCAGCAAACCACCCACACCAUCAGCAUCUACACCCUACAGACAAUUAAAGAGACUCCAUUCCACUCAGUUUGAUGAGUCGGGUCGAAGGAUCUCAUGUGCUUUGAGCAGUACAAUCGGUCUGCAGGUGUUUUCAGAUCUGGAUGAUGGAUCGGGACAUGCUUCUGUGGAAACUCUCCUUUACAGGUGGAUGGAAGAGGGAGUGGACAAUAGCUCCGAGAUCUUACAGGCUCUGGAUUUUAAUCUGGAAGGUAAAGUGAAUCUGUCUGAGCUGACCGUUGCUCUAGAGAAUGAGCUGUUGAGCACUAAGAACUCAAUCCACCAGGCGGCGCUAGUGAGCUUUAAGGCAGAGAUCAGACAUCUGCUUGAGUGUGUUGACCUGGAAAGGCGUGAGAAGGAGAGGAUUCGCUUUGAUCUGGACAAAGCAGAGAAACUGAAAUCUCAGCUGGCGUCUGAAGUCGAUGACCACCAUGCUGCCAUUGAGCGCAAUAACGAACUCAACCUCCGGAAGUUGGAGCAGGAAUAUAAAGAGAGUAUGACGGCUCUGAGAGCAGAGCUUAGUAAAGAGAUGGAGCUUGUGCAGCAGCAGGCCAAUCAGCAUCGAGAAGAGCUUGAACAGGAAAUUGGCAAGAUGAGAGAAGAUGAAACCUUCCUACGAGAACAUCUAUCUCUCACCGUUAAAGAAAAUGGUCGUCUGGAGUCUGAGCUUAUUGAGACCACAGAGAAACUGGUGGAGGCUGAAAACCAGCUGAACAAAGUGCAAAAAAACCUGGACGGUGUUUUGAAAGAGAAGUUUGGUGAUUUGGAUCCAGACAGCGCAGAGUUUUAUCAGCAGGAGGAGCGUCUAAGACAGCUGCGCAGGAACUACGAGGAGCAGUGCAGGGAGUUGCAGGAUCAUAUAGAUGAGCUAGAAGCUCAGCUGGAGGAAUAUCAGACUUCAGGCCACACACCCUCAACACGUCCCGGACGGAGUCUGUCUGAUGAACUGGCCGGCAAGAGUCCAGACCCAGGUUCUCAGGAGCAGCAGCCAUUAAACAUGAGUCUAGAGACUGAGAUGUUACUGGAGCAGCACCAGCGAGAGAUAGAAAACAUCAGGGCAAUGGUUUAUGAAGAAAAACGCAGUGCAGAGGAAGAGAGGAGUCAUCUCUCCCUGCAGCACCAACAGGAGGUGCAGGCUUUGAGGGAGGAGCUGGCAAGAGAACAAGAGAGAGCGAACAGAUUGGAGCAGGAAAUUUCUGCCCUCAAAAUUCUCCACCAGCAGGAGCUUCACUCUCUCAUGCAGGAGGCACAGGACACCAGAAGCCGUGCAGAACAGCUGGAAGCAAAGGUGCAAAUUCUGGAGGAAAAACAGACUGCCUAUGAGGAGCAGAUCAGAGUGCAUGCUGAGGAGAUGAGUCUGAUGAAAUCCAAGCACCAAGAGGUGCUGGAGGUCAAUCUGCAGGCACAGAGAGAGAGACUGCAAGAGGAGAAGGAAAAGGAGGAGAAGAGGCUUAAGGAGCAGUGGAAAGAAGAGCAAAAGAGCUAUGAGGAGGUGCUAAGUGCUCAGCUUGAGGAGAUGCAGCAUAGAACAGAACAGGAGUGUGUAGAGCUGGAAAAGAGGCUCAGGGAGGAGUGGGAGUGGGAGAGGCAGGAUUUGGAGGAGAACAGUAAGGAGGCAUUGCAAGCUGUGCUGGAGGAGAGAGAGCGGAGGCUCAAGGAGGAAUGGGAGCAGGAGAGGCAGGAACUAGAGGAGAUCAGUAAGGAGACGCUGCAGGCUGUGCUGGAGGAGAGGCUGGAGAGGGAGAGGAGGCUCAGGCAACAGUGGGAUGAGGAGCGGGCUUCGUUAGAGAACAAACAUCACACUCUGCUCCUACAGCGUUUGCAGGAGGAGAGGGAACACCUCCGCUCACAGCAGGAGGAGACAGAGAGCAUUAUAAUGGAGCAUUGGGGGAGAGAGAGGGCUCAGCUGGAGAAACAGCAUGAGGAGGCACUUCAGGCCUGUUUGGAGCAGGAGAGAGAGAGACUGCAAGGAGAGAGAGAGGAGCAGGAGAGAAGGUGGCAGCAGGUGCUGAAUGAAGAGCAGAGCCGGAUGGUGGAGGCGCACAGGGAGGCCAUGCAGGAGCUGAGUGCCAAACACAGUGAGGAGAGAGAAAGACUCAGCAGCCUUUUGGAGAAACUACGCUCAGAUAUUGCAGAACAGAGGAGAGCGCUGGAGAAACAAUUCUCUCAGCGACUUGAAGAAGUGGAAGUUCGUUUCUAUGGUGACCAAGAGGCAGUGUCUGAGCGUUUUCAGGUGGAUGUACAUAAACUCGAGCAACAUUACCAAAGUGCUAUUGCAGCACUUGCCCAACAGCAUGCUGCAGAUCGCGCCCACUGGGAGGAGGAGUCAGAGGCAGCCACCAAGGAGGCGGAGCAACAGUGGAAGCUUUUGAGGGAGGCGCUGGACCUAGAGAGGGAGGAGCUCCAAAAGGAGUGUCAAAGCCUUGAAGUUGCACACGCACAAGAUAUUAAAGCUCUGACAGACAAGAACCUACAGCUUCAGGCCGAGCUGGAGACUUUUGUCAGUGCUGCUCGAACCAAAGAAAUUGAGCUGAGUCGCCAAAUCAAUGAGCUGCACAACCAUGUGCAGGAUAGGAUGGAGACCAAAGACCUGCUGCUGGCACAAGCAGAGCACAAAGCCACUGAGCUGGAAGAGAUGCUGAAGCAGGCUGUGGAUGACUUCAUCCAGGAGCGAGCAGAGCUGCAAAGAAGUCUGUCUGCUUUGGAGAGCAGGCGAGGGGAAAUAAUUUCAUUUUCUGAGAACAUGGAGCUGAUAGGCAGAAUCCAGGAAGGUGAGGAGCUCCUCUGUCAGGAAUUAAAGGAUGAGAGAAAGGCUCUGCUUGCAGAGAGAGAUUCACUGGCAUUGAGAGUGGUGCAGUUGGAGGAAAUUGUGUUACAGUUGACAGGAACCACUGGAGAACCUUCUGCAGAACUUUCUCAGGAACCUUGCAUAGAGUCCACUGUAGAAAUCCUUGUAGAACCCAAUGGAGAUGACCUUGAAGAAAUUUGUAAAGAAUCUACAAUAGAGCCCUUUGAAGAACUCAAUGAAGAAACCUGCACAGAAUCUACUGAUGAAGUCAGUCCAAAGCACGUCAUAUGUGAGGAGUCUUCUGUAAACCGUGAAAAGGAAGUGGAUGAAGUUACUGACCCAGACUUUGGUAAUUCACAGCUACACAGAUGCUCAGAGGUUGGAGUUACAAAUGGUAUAACUUUAAACUCUUGUGCUGAUGGUAAAUUAGACAUAGCUGAUGUAGAAUCUAACAACAGUGGAAUAGAAACCCCUGAUUGUCCCAAAGAAAAGAAGAAAGAGACUAAGGAGAGACUCUGCAAUCCUGGAGUGGAUGGUUUUGAAGAUACAGAACUGAUUGAAGAGCUGAAUGUUAAGAGCAAUAGCACAGAAACUCAAGAUGACACUUUGAAGAUGGCAGAGGAGUAUAUUUUGAAUGGCACAGAAAGAGAAGGUCAUUUCUCUGCCGAAUCUGAUGAUUCCUAUAACCAAGAGAGCUUGCAACACCAUGAAUCUCCAAGCAAAGAUGACACCCAGGCUGAAUACAGUGGCAAACCAGUUGAUCCUGAGACUGAAGAAAGUCCAGAGGAUGGUAUCAGCAUUGCAAGUAUUGAAAAUGAUAUCAGGGCCUUUGUAAAGGAGGUUUGUACCCUGACUAUAGUUGAUACAGAGCAGGACAAAGUUGCUGAUCUGAGAGAUGUGUGCAUGCAGGAGAUCCUGGACCUUCAAGAAACCGUAAUGCAGUACAGCAAAGCUAUAGAAUGCACUAGCUCUCAUUUGCAGAGCCCUAAACGGCAGGAUCCAGAGAAAGAGAAUAUCACACCUCAAGUACCAAAGCACUUUAAGCAAAUGGUGGCCCCAAUCAAAGAUGUGCAACUUGCUGAGCUAGAGGUCUGCUUUGAGCAAAGCAUCCAAGAGAACUUGCAGCUUGUAGACCGCAACAAAAAACUGGAGAGUAGAGUCGAGAGUCUGGAGGACAAGAUGCACAUAGUCCAGGACCUCCACAAACAGCUGGCGUCUGUGCUGGAAGAGACUGCACGAGUCCGAGUGGAGAAUUCCAAACUGAAGGUUCUUGUCCAGGAACUUGAUAAGCAGGAUAAGGUGCCGCAGUGGGACUCUUCCGAUACUUCACACAACUCAGAAAUAGAAGAUUCAACAAAGAAGAUUGCUGCGAUGGCAGAGCUUGAAUUCUUCUGCAUGGAGUUUGAGAAACAGAACUCUCAUCUACACCGAUCACUUGCUGAUCUGCAGGGCAAAUCUCUUAGGAUCCAUGAACAAAUGCAAGAGAGGAGGAGUGAAGUUUGUCGUCUGGCUAAAGAGAACAUCAUUCUGAGGCACAAGAUCUCGACAGUAAGGGAGGAAGACUUGAGAGAGAACCAGGAUGACCUGCAAUUACAUCACAUCAAGCAAGGGAAGAGAUCGGUACAAGCUGUUAGGAGACAGCUCUCUGAGCCUCGCCAUCUAGGACAGCAGCUAGAGGAGGAGAAUUUCUUAUUACAGCAGAAUGCAGAUCAUGUACUUCGACAUGCACUCCAGGAAGUGAUACGUCAACAUGACAGCUCAGCCAAUGAGAAGAAUGGGUUGUGUGAUCGGGAGGAUUUUGGUUCCAGAACAGAAAAGGAAUUGCUUAGAUCAGAACUCAAUCGGUGCAUAGAAAAGGUCAUGUCACUAGAUUCAUCUUUACAGACGGUCACUCAGCAGAACGCUCGUCUCAAAUCUGACCUACGCAUCACACAGCAAGAAAGAGAUGCCCUUAAACAGGAAGUGAUUUCUUUGCACAAACAAUUGCAAGCUGCCAAUGAGAAGUUGUUGGAGGUUUCCGUUGUGUCUGCUAGUCAGCAACAGGGGAGGCGAGUGUGGGCGGAGCUUUCCGGGCUGAUGGAGGCGGAGCAUGCCUCACUUACAGAGGAGAACCAGCAACUCAAGCGACAGAUAAGGGAGAUGAGCUCAGAGCUCCAGUCGUCAAAGGAGCAGAUCCGCCAUCUGGAAGCAUUAAGUGUGAAACAUAGAGGAUUUGUAAAAUCUGCAGAUCAAGAAAAAUCAGCUUUGAAACGUGAAAUGGAGGCUUUGCACACUCAGCUACUGUCAACACGGAACAAGGCUCAGCUGGCUGCAGUCUUGCCUUCGUCUCCUCUACAGUUGCCAGGGGAACAGAGAAGACCGCACCAUAGCGACAGUCCAGACUUCAACAUGCAGCAGGACGAGCGGGAGGUGGUGCUGUUACAGAUGGAGGAGAGAAUGAGAGAAGUGGAGCUCACGCUCAGAAACCUCAAACUGCUGCUACAGGAGAAAGUGUCUCAGCUGAAAGAGCAGUUGAUCAGGAACAGUGAAUCGGAUGUGUUGAUCAAAGACCUCUACGUGGAGAAUGCUCAACUGCUCAAAGCCCUGGGGAAGACAGAACAGCGUCAGAAAGUAGCAGAAAAGAAGAACUUCCUCCUGGAGGAGAAAAUUUCCAGCCUCAACAAGAUUGUCCGUGACCUCGGCCCUUCCCCAUUGACUCCUGCGCCCUACCACUACUCACGCUCAUGAUUUUAAACUGUAUUACAUAUGAUUUUAGUCAUACAAGCCAUUCCAGUAUGAUUUUCUUCUGAGAAACAUGUUCGAGCUGCUCUAUAUACGUCAAGCUCCAAAAAGGACAAGAAAUACAAGUAGUCCAUAUGACUUGUGCACUAUAUUCUCUGAAGCCAUACAAAAGCUUUGCGUAGUGAACAGGCUGAAAUUGUAUUGACUGAAGAUCUUCCGUUCAUAGAUCCCAAAUCUCCUUCCCAUUCAUUUUUAUUUCUAGGUGAAACUUUCCUUUAAGUUAUUUUUUUUAAUUUUUUUUAUUGCUUUUAACAAUUUAAUUUUAUAGCAGUUUUUUUUAUUAAGCCAUACUGUAAUAUUACUGGUGUAUCUGGACCUCAAACUGCAAUUAGAAGGUGGUCUUAAGGAAUGGUGAAAUUCCUUCUAUCUAGAGAAGCUUGUACAACAGCUGAGGCUCCCCUGUUCACACACACACACACACACACACACACACACAGCCACCUAUCAUUACAUAGUUGUAGUGAAAUGCAAACAAGGUCAGUGAUUCCCUGCAUCUCAGAGAAGGAAAUUAAAGGGCAAAUGCCACAGUGUUUCUUCACUGUUUAUUACUGUUUGUUAUAGUGCAUUUUAUUUCUUUGGGAUUGUUUAGUUAAUAUAAACCUUUUCACUUGAGAAUGUGCACCAAAAACAUCCCAUAAUGUUACUUUAGUUGCCGCAGGACUUUGUGCUUUGUAUUUAUUUUGUGUACCUAUUUUUCAUUUAUGAUCUGUAAUCAUGUAUUAUGAGCACUGUGAAUAUGAAUAAUAGGGAGUCAAUUAAAAUAUUUAUGUGGGGUAGAAGAAACUCAGAGCUCGGAGAUGUCAGCCUUGUGGUAACCACUGUAUAAUUUGUGGGUGGAGAGCAAAAUUGCUGGUUAUGAUGUUUCAUUUCAGGCGUCUCUCAACGAGUGCAGUUUACAAGCUUUGAUGCUUUGGGAAAAAAUGCACAGAGAAUUACAGGCAUUUAAACAUUUUGAAAUUGCUUUGAAAUAUGUGUCCUUAUGUUUUUAGCAUUGUAACCCAGCCUUAGGUGAAGUAUAAGAUAUGCUCUACCGAUAUUUGUUAUGAAAAUAACGUUAACUUACCCUUUAAGUGUUAAUUGUAUAACACUUGGUUCAGAUGUAAAAA